AGAGUCGCUUUAGCUCUGAGACCUUGCAGUACCUGAACUCUGGCUGCACCGGUCCCCUGUGUGUGCAAGUCGAAGACUACAGCCAAGUCUCUGGCAGUGUCCAGGCUUACGCCUCAGGAGACGUGAAGAUCUGGAUCGGGACCAGCUACACUUCAUAUGGGCUCUAUGAAUUGAUACCCAAGGAGAAGCUCAUAGAAGACACCUACUCCCCAGUGAUGGUAACCAAGGCGGUGAAAAACAGCAAGGAGCAAACCCUCCUCAGGGCCAGUCACGUGCGGGAUGCUGUGGCUGUGAUCCGCUACUUGGUCUGGCUGGAGAAGAACGUGCCUCAAGGCACCGUGGAUGAGUUCUCUGGGGCAGAACAACUGGAGAAGUUCCGAGGAGAGGAGGAGUUCUUCUCUGGAUCCAGUUUUGAAACCAUCUCUGCAAGUGGCCUGAAUGCUGCCCUGGCCCACUACAGCCCCACCAAAGAGCUGCACCGCAAGCUGUCCUCAGACGAGAUAUACCUGCUGGAUUCUGGGGGACAAUAUUGGUAUGGAUGGACAACAGACGUCACCAGGACAGUCCACUGGGGCACCCCCUCAGCUUUCCAAAAGGAGGCGUACACCCGCGUGUUGAUAGGAAAUAUUGACCUGUCCAGACUUGUCUUCCCAGCUGCUACUUCAGGACGAAUGGUGGAGGCCUUUGCCCGCAAAGCCUUGUGGGAUGUUGGGCUCAAUUAUGGUCACGGGACAGGCCACGGCAUUGGCAACUUCCUAUGUGUGCAUGAGUGGCCAGUGGGAUUCCAGUCCAGCAACAUUGCCAUGGCCAAGGGCAUGUUCACUUCCAUUGAACCUGGCUACUAUCUGGAUGGAGAAUUUGGGAUCCGUCUGGAAGAUGUGGCCCUUGUGGUAGAAGCAAAGACCAAGUACCCAGGGACCUACCUGACCUUUGAAGUGGUGUCCUUGGUGCCCUAUGAUCGGAACCUCAUUGAUGUUAGCCUGCUGUCCUCUGAGCAGCUCCAGUACCUGAACCGCUACUACCAAAUCAUCCGUGAGAAGGUGGGCCCAGAGCUGCAGCGCCGCCAGCUUCAGGAGGAGUUCUCCUGGCUACAGCGGCACACAGAGCCCCUAACUGCCAGGGCGGCGCCCACCACCUCCUUGGCCCCUCUGGUAACAGUCUCUGCUCUCGCUAUCCUAGGCUGGAGUGUCUAGUGUCUGAGACUCCCCUCCUGACCCUCUCGCUCAACUCCCCUCACCCCACAACACCCAUGCCCCAAGAGCCCCCACCAACCCAUUGCCUAGAAACCGCUGCCCUCAGCCUCCUGCUCCGGAACCAAGCCCUAGGGGUGUGGGGCUUCUUGGUCACUGUCAGCACCUCCCCCAACCCCUUCUCUGCCCUACACUCUGACCUUCAGGCUGGGACAUUCACCCUCAGCUCCCAACCCCUGGCCCCUGGAUACAAGAGCCAGGUGGUCCCCUUUCCUCCUAUGAAUCCAGCAGACCAGCCACUGACUUGGCAGACCCACCUCCUCCCCCGCUUCAAAAGAUCAAUACAAGAUAGCACCCUACCUCCCAGGAGCUCCAAGACCCUGUGAGAGUCCCACUCUCACACCUGCUGGAUACAGCCUGACGUACACUGGCUCCUGACUUGUGGGUAUUCCCGCACCCUUGAGGCUGCCUCUGGCCUCCUGCCCUGGCCCUGACCCUGCAGUGGCCUCCUGGCUGCAGUCCACAGGCUGAAGGAACAAUUGCUGCCUCCAGGCUGCUGCGCCCCUGGAGGGAGAGGAAGAGAUGGCAGCUGAGGCCUUUGGCUGUGUUACUGCCACUCCAGGGGUCAGACAGACCAGCCCCUCUACCCACCCAUGUGUAAGCCCAUCACUCCUAAACCCUGGAUGGGCUCCAUUCCUACCGACAGCAUAGGGAGUUAAGCCAUAGGAAUCUGCCCAAGGGGUAGGAGAGGACUCUGGAAUAUGGCCCUACUCGAAGUUGGGAACAACCUGAGCAACUCUACCCAAUCACUACCCCAGACUUCCCAGCACGUUGGUCACCCAGUGAGCUUUCCAAAGCACAGGCCCUGGGACCGUGCUGAAAAAUCCUCCAGCAUCCUUGGGUGAUCAUUAACCUGUGUGCAUGAAAUCUGGUCUCCCCAUUUUACAGAUAGGAGAACUGAGUUCCCAAUGGGGUAAGACCUGCCUGAGGACACACUGUGUUUGGUGGGAAAAUGGUGGGGCCAGAAUGGAUCAGCAGUCCAGAUCUUUUGCCCCUUGGUACCGUGCAGAAUGCCCUAGCCUACCUGCUAGCCCUUUCCAGGUUCGCCGAACCAGUGGCUGGAGCAUGAGGGAGGAUAGGGAAGGGCUGUCCCUGGCCAGCUGAACCAUUAGCCACCUGGGCUCACAUCCUGCUAAAAGCUUGAAACAGCCUGGCAAUGAAGCCUGCUUGUGGGUUUUGCAUUGUCUGCUGUGCAGCCGGGGACUGCUGUUACCUGUGGCUUUUGUGGUGGGGGCGGAAGGGGAGGAGGUGAGGUGGGGGCGGGGAUGUGAGGCUCCCAGAAGCUCAGUUAGGGAGCACAUGUGCUUGAGAAGGUGCAAGUGAGCAUGCGUGCGUGUAUGUGGAUUCGCAUGCAUGCCACGCCCAGCCAACCACCUCCUGUGGUAAAAGUUGUAGCUUUGUGGACAGGACCAGGGGAGCCCCAUGCUGGGGGACUUGCAAAGGUGGUCCCAGAAAGUUGGGGCCAGCACCAAGGGGAGGAGAAAGGAGAACUCUGGGGCAGAGUGCUGAGCAAGGGCACCCGGCUGAGGAGUCCCCCAGGUGGGAGCACCAAGUGUGAGGGUGACCUGUGACAGUUAUUACCACCAAUGUUGCACCCAAAGUCCCCAGCUCUGAGCCAUCCUCACUGAGAGCCUGUAGCACCCCAUGGUGGGCCCCUGUUUGCUGAGUCAUUUGCUCCCUCACAAGCUCACCCAAAAAGACGUAGUCAUAAUAAAAUGAGUCGCCGCCACCAUCACGGUCAUCACACCUAUCAUCCACUGAGUGUUCACCAUGUACCAGGCACUGUGUUUUACAUUUUUUCAAUUUUAUUGUGCUAAGAACAUUAAAUGUGAGAUCUACUCUCUUAAA